CAUCGCCAUCAGCCGCUAUCAGUUCUUAGAGUAAACGCAAUGAACCUUUUAUUACACUCAACUAUGUCUAUGUGUCUGAAGAGUCCUAGGUCCCUUGGAAUCUCAAUCUUCUCGUAUUUAACGAGUGUCGUGCAAGAAUUUCAUAUAAUGGUUAUUAAUGGAUAGAUCAGUUAUUGCAAUAAAGCAACAACCCCAACCUAAAAGCCUUCCCACCUAAGUUAACAGCAGGCCACAGCAAACUUCAGGCCGGUUACUUUUUUCCAUAAUGCCUGCACAUGACCCACACUCUUCUAUAUAUUCAUCCACAUGGGGUAGCUUUCCUACAUCACCCACAAACCAGCCAAAUUCUAUUCAAGAAAGCAUGGAGAAACAUCAGCUGUUCUUGAUGAAUCUUCCCACUCAUAUCAUGCUUGAGAUCCUCACAAGACUUCCUCCUAAGACCAUCUUCAUCUGCAAACGUGUUUGCAAGGCGUGGCUCGAGCUGAUCAACGAUCCUCAUUUUGCCACCUUGCAUUUUUCCCGGUGCAGGGCCGGCCUGGUGGUCCACCACUCCGAGAUGUUCAAGAAGUACUUCAAGCUGGUUGAUUUUGAAGAUGCAUAUGACCACCAUGAUCUUCCCCAUGAUACCAUGCUGAAGUUCAAUGUCAACAAGCUGAGCAGCUUUUUUGAUGCUAAUAUCGUGGUUGACGGCUCGGCCAACGGCUUUCUUUUCAUGCGGGACAUCAAUUAUAAGCAUGAAACGUUGUAUAUAUGCAACCCUCUUACACGUGAAUAUAUCGAACUUCCUAAGCCUCGAAGGAUCGCUAGGUACCCCAGUGUCGUCACUCAUGGAUUUGGUGUGGCGUCGAAGAGUGGAGAAUACAAAGUGGUUCGAAUUUUCCACGAGCGUGAGCUUGAUCCAAGAACCCGUGCUUGCCGAAGGGUUCCUUCCUCUGAGUGUCAAGUUUACACUCUUGGAACAGGGGCGUGGAGGACAGUCGGGGAGGCGCCAUUUUCUUACAACAGUCGUCUCCUCGGGUUGUCUUUCCGGGGCAAUCUUCACUGGUUGAUAGAAGAUUUGGAGGGCUAUGAGCUGAUUUCUUGUUUCAAUCUUGAAACUGAGAUGUUUCAGCCAUUUCCUCCUCCUUUUCCAAGCAGGAAGCUUCUGGGGAGCUUAGCAGUCUUAGGUGACUGCUUGUGCUUAUGUGAUAACAGUUCAGAGUUUGAUAUUGACAUUUGGGUGAUGAAAGAAUAUGGAGUGGAGAAAUCAUGGGCUAAAGAGAUUGUGAUCAGAAAGAUUCCGGAGCUUGCUGGCCCAUCAUUUGAAAUAGUUCAGGCUAUCAAGAUUUUCACAGAUGGUACCAUUCUGCUUCUGUGGGGUGAUUUCUUUAUGCUCUAUUACUGCAGCAAAACUGGAACUGCUAAAGAAGUUGACUUGGAGCAACCUAGUGGGCCUAAUAGCAUUGAGGCAAUACACUAUGUCCCAAGCUUCUUCUCUCUAAAGAGAUUUCUUUUGGAGAAUAUGAGUCCAUUCUGAUCAUCCAAACAGGGACGAGAAAAGUUAUUGUUAGUGUGAAAGGUAUAAGAUUCUAUAUGGGAUUGUUCUAAAGCAGCUAUAGCAUAGAUACAGAUAAGGAUCCGACGAGAAAGGUGAUUGUAUUUCAGACAGGUAAGUGCCAUGUAAUAUGAUCAGUUUCAGUUUUUGAGAUGCCAGUGUUCUAUGUGUUAUAUAAUUAAACCA